AUGUCUGCCCCAAUGCCGUUCUGGGUUCGAGGGGGAGGAGGCGAGCCUCAGGCUUCGGCCCACGAGGGCUACGGCGGCUAUCACGACCGAGACAAGAGGCCGAGGGAGCUGGCCCCAUUCGACAGCCGGCAGCCAGACAGCUAUAGCGGUUGGCGCGAGGCCCAAGGCAUCAACCACCCCUUCACACGACCGCCAAGCGCUUCGCAGGAUUUCCGGCACUCAGACCCCUACCCCCUGCCACCACCGUCUCCGUUUCGCGUCUCAGCCACGCCCUCGCCACACCCCGUAGCCAGACGAUGGAGGGGUGGCUCGGACUUGAAGGCCUCGUUUGCGGUCCAGCACCUGCUGGCCGAGCCUUGUUACGGCUCUGCACCGGCGGACACGACCUAUGCCGGUCUGUACCGCAGCGAGCUGGAAAGCCAGGGCAGGGCAACGCCCGACUUUGUCGACUUCCGGCAUCGUGAUCCGGGCCGCCAGGCGAUACAUCCGACUCUAGCACAAGCCUUCGAGUCGUGCUAUCUGCCGAACCCGCCGCAUUCCCGACCGUCGUCCCAUGUCCAGCCGGCUUCGCUGCCGCGGCCGACGCAGAGCUAUGCCGACUGGCAGAAGCAGAGGGAGGACUUGCAGUUUGCCAACGCCGCAUCACGCAACAGCCCACAGCCACAGCCACAGCCCGAACAGCUGCACCUACCGUACCGGUCGCACUUGCACAACACGGACACGCCUGAAGGUAGUGACAUUGGCUGCGAUGCCGACAGAGACCUGGACGGUCGGCUCUUGUCAGACGACGAGGCCGUGAGCAGUGUGACCCGCUGUCUGUUCGGCUUCAACAGCCGGAACCCCGCGUCUCGACAUGCCCGCAUCCUGCUGGCGCUCAUACAUCCCAAGACGGCCGGGGCCGAGUUUGAGCUGGACAACUGCGCGCUGGAGAGCAUCUUCCUGGCGGCAAACGAGAUAUUUUUCAACGGGCGGCUGACACACCGCGUGCGAUGGGGCUGGUCGAAGCCCGGGUCGAAUGCCGAAUACGACGGCAACAUCAUUGGGCACACGGCCCUGCGCAAGGCCAAGAUCGGCGGGUUCGAGACUUUUAUCCUGCUGUCGACGCCGAUCCUCUGCAACCCAGAAUACAACCGGCGGCUGCUCAUCUCGGCAUUCCUGCACGAACUCAUCCACUGCUAUCUCUUCAUCUGCUGCGGCUGGAGUGCCAGGAAAUCCGGCGGCCACACGGACGGCUUCCGGGCCAUCGCCAACAUGAUCGACGAGUGGGCGGGCCGAGAACAUCUCCAUCUCUGCCACGUAGAGGCGGACUUGGAGCGGUUCCGCCAAGCACCGGAUCCGGUCAUCGAGCAGGACGGCCACCCGACCAAAGGCGGGGGGUCGUUCUGUGACAGACUCACGGGGUGUUUUUCCCGACGGAGCUGCCCUCAGAAACUACGUUGA